UAGUCAGUUAUAGACUAAUAGAAUCAUCAGUCAGUCAUCAGUGUCAUGAAAAUUUGUUGUUGAUAGCUUUGUUAAUUGUCACUUGUCAGACGAAAGUAAUCAUGAUUAUGUGAUUAUUAUAAUUACCUAUAAUAACAUUCAAUUAACGCUUUAGUUUGCCGAUACACUUUAUACCCACAUACUGAUAUUCCUAAGGACAAUGGCCGACGACUCACUUUCAAUACUUGAAAAUAGAGUGAAAACUCUAGAGGUUAAAAUAUUUGGGCAAUCUGAUCCAAUUCCAGAUGUGUCCUCCCCAAUCGUCGAUGACUUGCUGGAAAGCCAUAAAGUUGUUUCAUCAGCACUAUCUGGACGUGAUAAAAUGGCAAUGGUUUUAAAGCGCCUUGAUCAACUUGAAAUUGUCCUUGACCCAUUGUAUGAAGACUCUGUGAUCGAUAGUGCUGCAAAGCUGGCAUUUGUUCUGUCAACCGAAGCUGAGUUGGAGGAAAUCACUCGACAGUUGGUAAGAAUCAAUGAGCUAAGUCCGUGUCUGGAGAGUGAACAGCUGCGCAACAUACCUCACUUGAUGAAGCAGUUGGGAAAACUGUCUAGCUUAAUGGUUGAACAUAAGGAGAAAUGUGAUAUAAUGAAUGAGAAAUUUGAUGACCUAAUAGCAAAGUAUACAGAGAUUAUUAAUGGUGUUACAGCAGUAUUUGCCACACUAGACAGUAUGGUUACUGAAUUGGAAAUAAAAGCAAAACCAAAAACGAUUAUUGAUUGAUUUGUAUUGUAGUGCAUCUUUUUGUUAUGUAAGUAAUAUUUAAUUGUAUAAUCCAUUAAAUCGACAUAAACCUGUGAUUUAAAAAUAAAAUAUAAUAAUAUAUUAAA